UAGGUGCUCCUAUGUGUCUGUUUCCUUCCUUCCUUCCUUUCGUUCAAAGGGAUGUCUUGGUGAAGCAAUUUCCUCCUAGCCAAUCACGAUGUCGAAAAUGUAUAGUUCCCACUGCUAUAUCUUUGGAAUAGCUUCCUUAGUCCACAGGAUUUCACCAGAGGCAAAUGCCACUUUUGGCCCGAAAAACUCUGGUUUUCGUUCUCACCGCAAGACUCGAGGUUUCCGGGAGGUAGGACCCAUGGAGAGGUCCAAGAAGAAGGUGCAGCUGUGGAAAAAGGCUGUCUUUCAUUUCUGUUUCUGCUUUGUGAUGGGCUUCUUCACCGGGUUUGCACCGAUGGGUAAGGCUUCGGUAUUCGCUUCUCUGUCGAAGAAUUCGGAUUUCUCUAGCCGUCCUCUGCAGCCCGUAGAAGUCCCUCGUCCAAGUGAUUCCAACCGGAGCCUAUUGGCGGCUGAAUCUCCUCUGGCAGUCCCUGAAAAUUCCAACGACAUGGGAAGGCUCACGUUUCUUGAAACUGAAGAAAAGCCCGAGGAGGAAGAGGACAUGAGUUUGAUUCCUCAGAAGCUCUUAAUAGUCGUCACGCCAACAAGUACCAGAGACAGGUUCCAGGAUGUUUUCAUAGGAAGGUUGGCUCACACGUUGAAGUUGGUUCAUCCUCCAUUACUGUGGAUUGUUGUGGAAGGUCAGUUCAAGUCCGACAAGAUGACGGAAAUUCUCAGGAAAUCAGGUAUCAUGUACCGGUACUUGGUCCCUAAGGAGAAUUUCACUGAUCCGGAAACAGAAACAGAUCAUCAGAGGAAUGUUGCGCUCCGGCACAUCGAACAGCAUAGGUUGAGCGGGAUCGUUCAUUUCUCCGAUAUUUCCAAUGUCUACGACCUCAAUUUCUUUGAAGAGCUCCGAGAUAUUGAGGUGUUAGGGGCAUGGCCAAAGGCUUCCUUGUCACCAAAGCGGAAGAAACUGAUCAUCGAAGGACCCAUAUGCGAUUCCUCGCGAAUCUUAGGGUGGCAUCGAAAGAGAACAUUCGUCGAGGCCGACUCAGAAUCACAGAUGGACCUCUCUAACUUCGCAUUCAACAGCUCUAUUCUCUGGGACCCCGAGAGGUGGGGCCGUCCUUCUUCUUCUCAAGCCACCUCCCAGGAUCCAUUGAAGUUUGUGAAAGAAGCUGCUGCUGAAGACGAGAGCAAGCUUAAGGGGAUCCCUGGAACUGACUGCUCCAGAGUUCUACAUUGGCAUCUGCAGUUCCCGCCAGCUGAUAGCUUUGGCGGCAGUUCGAGGCUUCGGGAAACUUGGCGAUGAAAAACAAUUUUCUUUUUAUUAAAAAAAAAAAAGGGGAAUUCAAGAGAUUUUAUAUUGCAGCUGCCUAGAUAUGAGGAUAUUUUACGGAAUACCUUAUGUAAAUUCUUGCCCUUUUCCCCCCUAUUUUCACUUGCCUUGGUCCUUGGAAGUAGGGAGGUUUUUUGGCUACAGAGCUUGCCGUUUGAACUUGAUGGUUAUAUAUUAUCGACAGUUGAGUUGAAAUCGGUGCCUGCACGACCGUCAGGCGUGUGGUUCCUUGUCAGGUUUCUGAACAGUGCACAGUGGUUGGCCAUCAGUGUGACUCGUCUUUCAAAAUUAUCAUGGCCUAUGACCCUAUGCAUAUGCUACUAUGGACUGACCCGUGACCACCAUACCAUGCCAAUGCAAUCAAGAAGCUUGGGUGCUGUCAAGUACUAGGAGAAGAAUCGUCUGACUGAACAUGCAAUAGAAAGAUUCGCUCAUACCAAGUCUAUUGUAACAGUUGAUUGUUGUGGGUCUCGUAUUAACAGUAAUGCAGUGUCAUGUCAACCGAUAA